AUGAAGCUGGCGAUGGUGCUCAUGCUGGUGGCCCUCCCCGUUUACUGCUCUGCAGGUUCUGGCUGUUCCUAUCUUGAGAGAGUGAUUUCAGAUACCAGUGAUUCCAGCGUAACCGCGGAUGUGUAUCUAGCAUCUCUUCAAGAGUACAUAAGCAGUGAUGACACUACCCAGGCCAUAAAGGAAUUAAGGGAAUGUUUUCUCAAGCAGUCAGAAGAGACUCUGGAAAAUUUCAGCGUGUUUAUGCAAGUGACAUAUAAUAGCAAACUGUGUGCUGCGUUUUA